UUAUCCUAGGAGACUGAACAUAGGACCUCUUUCCCAUCUUCUCUUUCUCAUUGUUACCCUUUUUUCUUCCUUGGAUCAACUUAUUUUUUUCAUCCCAACCCUAGAAAACUACACUUAGAAAUUAAAAAAUUUCUCUUCUUUGUUUCAAUAAUUAAACUAUAUUUACCUUUUCAUCCAUUAUACUCAAACAAACAACAAUUACAUGCAGGAAAGAAACAUGGAAAACAAAUGCUGAUGUUGGGAAGCCAUCAUGUUAAUCAGCCAUUGAAUCAGUUAUUACCAGCUUACGCCCGCUAGGUAGCCAGGCCAUACUACCCUUAUCAAAUAGUCAAAUACAAAUGUCUACUAGUAGCAGUUAUGAGCCAAAAGAAGGUUCUCUUUCCUUCUUCAAGGUUGUUCGUUACCCUUCUUCUCCUCAUCUGGCAUUGCCAAAGGUUUUUGUGGAGAGGUAUUUGGACAAGAUCCCUAAAAACCCAAUUCUCACAACUUCAACAGGGGAGCAUUCAUGGAAUUUAAAGAUCACAAAGAUUGGUGAAGAUUACUGUUUUUCUAGCGGGUGGGAUAAAUUGGUUAAAGAUGCCCACUUGUGUGUUAGGGACAUUGUUGUCUUUUGGCUAAUUGAUCCCUGCACCUUUCUAAUAUCGUUCUUAAAUGAAAAUGGAUGUGAAAAAGAUCUCCCCAUUGAUAACACCAAUGAUGUUGGUGCUAAUGUCCGGAAUCAUGCUGAUGAUAAAGCUGUGCGAGAUGAUUAUGUAGUCUUUCAAAAACAAAUGCCUCGGAACAAAUAUAGCUGGAUAUUGCCGAAGAAAUUUGUGAGAGAUGCAAGAUUGGGAAACAAAACGAGCAUAACGAUAAAGGACUUUGAAGGACAUGAAUGGCAAAUUGGGAUACUAAUAGAAAGAGAUGGAAUCAGACACUUAUCAUCUGGAUGGUUACUUUGCCGAAAACAUCAUCAUAUAUCAGAAGGUGAUAUCUGCUCAUUUAAAUUCAGCAAGAAAGAAGGUGUGCUGUAUCUAACUGAGGUGAUCAAGAGCAAAAGGCCAGUCAAUAAGGAAAGUUCAACGGAGGGGACCCCGAAAAGAAGGGAAAGACAACCACGUCCUUUGGGUGUUCGGGAUGUUAAGAUUGAAGAUGAGUGUUCGCCAAUAGAGAAACAUGAUGGCUUUGUGAAGGUCAAGACUGAAUAUGAGUCGGGUCCAGAGGUGGAAGGGGAAAAGAGGAAGACGGGAAAGCUGCCACUGAAGGGAUCUUGUGAUGAUGGUGGUGGUCUGAAAGUUAAGACCGAAGAUGAAGCAUUUGCAGAAGUGGCGGUGGGGAAAAGAAAGAAGGGCGGGCCAUCACUUGAGAAACCUGGUGACAUUGGUGGCAGUGUAGAGGUGCAAGUUAAACCUGGGAUUGAGAGAUUGGUUAGAAAUAUGGGUGUUGUUUACUUUUAACCUUAUAUCGAUUAUUUUGAUGGUGAUUGUGAAAAGCUGCCAUUCAAAAUCAGGAGAUUGUAUAUGCUUAUCAAUUAGUGUUUCCUGAAUAAAACAUGGUACCGAGGUGUUGGUGAACAGAGAAAACGGUGGGCUUACAACCAAUGUGGCCAUGGUCGUGGAUAAAAUGAGAUGACGAUUACAUAGUGACUGAUGUGGGUGUGCUUUUUGAGUGAGUAUAACCACCAGUUAGCGAUGAACAUGGUAGGUAGUAGUAUUAAUUGACCUUUACUUAAGAUGAACUUUUAGAUAUUAGUAAGUCGAUGGUUACAUUCUGAUUUAGGGUUGUCUUCAUCAGUUUUUUACUUUCAAAUACUUGAUAUUUAUCUAUUUAGGUUACCUGGAUAAGACGAAUCUUUGAUUUGGAUGAACAUAGCCUGGCUCGGUAUUCUGACCGUUUCCAAACCUUUUCACCGGCCACUUCCAAGACUGUUUAAUUUUAGUAUUAUAGUGAAUAAUGGGUUAUUUUAUGUUAUAUCUAAAGCCAAAGUAAUCAGCUUUGGGAAA